UCCUUCCCUUUCUAUCCACGCUGGUCUCUCCCUCUGCCUGCCUGCCUGCCGAGCCAUUCAGCCUGACCUUCUCAGACUCACUUCAUCCAAAAGGAAGAACUCAGCCCCACAUUUCAGAAUGAGUCAAUACAGGCAGACCACUUACAGUGUGAAGACUUCUUCUUCAGGACCACAGAACUACAGCAGCAGGUCUUACGCUGGGCCGAGCUCGCAGAGGAGCUACAGGAGCUCCUAUGGAGCCACCAACAGGGGCUUUGGAGGAGGCUCCAUCACCAGCAGCACUUCCUAUGGCCUGGGCUCCAGCAUGGGUUUUGGCAGUGGCCUGGGAGGCGGCCUUGGAGGCGGCAUGGCUCAUCAGGCACCCAUCACUGCCGUCACUGUGAACAAGAGCCUGCUGUCCCCCAUGAGCAUCGAGAUCGACCCAGCCAUCCAGGCUGUCCGCACUCAGGAGAAGGAGCAGAUCAAGACCCUCAACAACCGCUUUGCCUCCUUCAUCGACAAGGUGCGUUUCCUGGAGCAGCAGAACAAAAUGCUGGAGACCAAGUGGAGCCUGCUGCAGCAACAGACAACCACGCGCUCCAACAUCGACGCCAUGUUCGAGGCCUACAUCGCCAACCUGCGCAGACAGCUGGACGGCCUGGGUAACGACAAGAUGAAGCUGGAGGCCGACCUGCACAACAUGCAAGGCCUGGUGGAGGACUUCAAGAACAAGUAUGAAGAUGAGAUCAACAAGCGCACAGAGUGUGAGAAUGACUUUGUCCUCAUCAAGAAGGAUGUGGACGAGGCCUACAUGAACAAGGUGGAGCUGGAAGCCAAGCUUGAGAGUCUGACAGAUGAGAUCAACUUCCUCAGGUCUAUCUAUGAGGAGGAACUGCGUGAACUCCAGGGACAGAUCAAGGACACUUCUGUCAUUGUGGAGAUGGACAACAGCCGCAACCUGGACAUGGACGCCAUUGUGGCUGAAGUUAAGGCUCAGUAUGAGGACAUCGCCAACCGCACCCGCGCUGAGGCAGAGACAUGGUACAAGAGCAAGUAUGAGGAAAUGCAGACAUCUGCCAACAGAUAUGGGGAUGACCUGAGGGCUACCAAGACAGAGAUCUCAGACCUCAACCGCAUGAUCCAGAGACUAACAUCAGAGAUCGACGCAGUCAAGGGACAGCGUGCCAACCUGGAGGCCCAGAUCGCAGAGGCUGAGGAGCGCGGUGAGCUGGCCGUGAAGGACGCCAAGCUCCGCAUCAAGGACCUGGAGGACGCACUGCAGAGAGCCAAGCAGGACAUGGCCCGCCAGAUCAGAGAAUACCAGGACCUGAUGAACGUCAAGCUGGCCCUGGACAUCGAGAUCGCCACCUACAGGAAGCUGCUGGAGGGAGAGGAGGACAGACUGGCAAACGGCAUCAAGGCCAUCAACAUCUCCCAACAGAGCACGAGCUACGGCGCUUUCCCCGCAGACCUGCAGAAGAGCAGCUACUCCAGCAGCUACUCCAGCGGUUACAGCAGCGGUGGAUACAGCAGCGGAGGAUACGGCAGCGGAUAUGGCAGCGGCCUGGGAUCCUACAGCAGCGGCAGCACCGGCGGCUACAGCACCACCCAGACCAAGAAAAACGUCGUCAUCAAGAUGAUCGAGACCAAGGACGGCAGAGUGGUGUCUGAGUCCUCUGAGGUCAUUGAGGAUUGAGCUGUGUAGUUUGAAGACGUAGCUACUAGUCUGCUAAUCUUUCCUCUGCCUCCCUGGUAGUUUUAUACUCACAGUUCACCCUUAACCGCCCCCCCCCCCUCCCUCCCUCCCUCCCCACACACACACACACACACACACACACACACACACACACACACACACACACACACACACACACACACACACACACACACACACACAAUUAAUGUAACAAACAAGUCUGAAGUAAAACGCUUGCCAGCCAUUCUCCAGAGCCUAGAAAUGUUUAUCAUGAAGCAAUAAACGAACACUACCAAAGAUCUGGAAGGGACCACGCAGUUUAUGUCGUAUGUCUGACGUCUGACUGAACUAACGAAGUUUUAAAAAAAGGAAAGUGAGAUGAAAAACAUUGAGCAAAUCGCUCCGAAUCUAUGCAACGGCAAUUCCACGCACUGAACCCGGGUUGCAUCGAGUGAACAUUGGUGUCGUCAAAGGAAUGUGAAUGUACGGAAACAGAGCUGGAGUUGUUGGCCUGCUGCAGUAGGUAGUGCAUGUCUUCCCUGUAACUGAAACUGUCCGACCCCUUAGGAGGCUGCCCACAUCAUACUGUUGUCCUGAGGUGCUGUUUUUUUGCUACCAAACCAAAUAAAAUCAUGUUUACUGACAAA